CACCUCUGCCCUCAGCUGCUACGCGUGGGAGGCUAGACCUCAGGAAGAACAGCCCGUGGGACAGAGCAGAGCCGGCUCUCCCCUGAGCAGCAGGGCAGGAGGUUUCCAGACCUGCUGAAGGGAAGAGGGGUCCCUUCCCCCCUAAGGAUGGAGCUGGAGAGCCUGGCCAGGCAGAGGACCCUGGAGGACGAGGAGGAGCAGGAGCGCCAGUGGCGGCGGCGGCACCGGAACCUGAGCUCCACCGCGGACGGCGAGGAGGCCCAGCCGGCCCGGGACGGAGCCCCGCCGGCUCCGGAGAGGCUGCCGAGCGUGGAGGAGGCGGAGGUGCCCCCACCACCACCCCCAGACGCCAAAGAUGAGGAGGAGGACGUGCGGGCCACCCUCCGGAUGCGGCAGGAGCGGAGGCAGAGGCGGCGGGAGGUGGAGGCCGCACAGGCGCCUGUCCGGGAGCGGCUGGAGGCAGGGGAGGAGGGCGGCGCGGGCGCCGGGCGGGCUGAGAAGGAGCUGGAGCUGCCGCCCCGCCGGAGACUGAGCCGGGAGCAGCGGGGCUCUUGGGCCCGGGAGGAGGAGAGCUUGGCGGGCAGGGAGCCGGGAGGCAGCAGGAAGGCGGGCUCGGAGAAGCCCUCUGCCCUGGAGAAGACACUAGCGCCUGAAAAGAGCCCAGACGCCAGGGAGAUCUCUGCCCCCGAGAAGACCCCCAGCCCUGAGAAAGUGUCUGUGUCCGAGAAGAUCGCGGUGUUGGAGAAAAGAACCGUCUUCGAAAAGAGAUCGGUUCCAGAAAAGACGCGUGUCUCAGAGAAGCUGUCGGCCCCAGGGAAGACGUCGGGCUCGGAGAAGAGACAGGUGUCUGAGAGAGCAGCCGUCUUUGAGAAGACCGCGGCCCCCGAGAUGAAGCCGGCCCCGGCGAGGGCGGCGGCCCCCGGGCAGCCCCAGGCCCAGGAGCAGCCGGCCUCUGCAGAGAGCCUGUCCACCCCCAAGGGGCAGACGGGGGCCGGCCCCGAGAAGAAGCCCCCGUCCUCGUCCUCGGAGGGGCUGCGGGAGCAGAGGCCGGGGACUCCGGCGGUGUCCUGCCGCCUCCCGCCCAUCACUCUGCAGGUGAGAAUCCCCAGCAAGGAGGACGAGGCGGACACACCCUCGCCCACCCAGGCCACCUACAGCAGCUCCCUGAAGCGCUCCAGCCCCAGGACCAUCUCCUUUCGGAUGAGCCCCCAGAGAGACCGCUCGGAGGCAGCCUUAACCCGCAGUGCCAGCAUGAGGCUCCCGGCCAGCUCGUUCACGUUGGGCCAGAAGCUGGAGAGAUACCACACAGCCAUACAGAGAUCGGAGUCCGUCAAGUCUGCAGGCUCUUCCCGCACCGAGUUCUUGGUGGACGUCGCCAGCAAGCGCCACCUCUUUGAGAAGGAGCUGGCGAGCCAGGGCCGGGGAGGACCGGCCUCCAGCCGGAAGGAGGACCUGCGGCUCUCGGGGGUUGUGACGUCGAGGCUCAACCUGUGGAUCAGCCGGACCCAGGAGGCAGGAGAUCAGGACCCCCAGGAGAUGCAAAGAGAGUCGGCGGCCGGCAGGAGGGCCCAGUGGAGGAAGAAAGCAGACUCCCCCCUGGAUGCACAGGUUUGAGGAGCUCAUCUCACAGCCCUGCUGCCUCUCUGCCUUGGACCUGGGACCAGGGGCGCUGGGGAGACACGGCCAGCUCCUUCCGCGCCCAGCCUCCGGGGCAGGUGUGCGCGGGACCUUGUCCUGCUGUGGGCACAGCGGGUCCUGGGCACAGCAGGGCUCUCGUCCGCACCUCGGGCCUCGGCGUCCUAUCUGGAGAUGGCGCCUCCUCCUUGCUGCCUUCCGGGGUCAGGGCGCCGUCGGGCAAGGAGCCCAGGGUCGCCUGCCGGGUCGGCGCCCGCAGACGUCUCUGUGCCUCUGCGACGCUGGGGCGCCACGCUGCCUUGCCCGGCCCGGCCCCUGCUUUGUCCCCCUCACGCCCCCCACCUGCUGCUCUGGCUGAGCUGUCCUGUGCUCCUCUCCCCCGUGCUCAGGAAAGAGCUGCUGAACUCAUUCCCUCUCAGGUGUCAGUGACUAAUAAUACCUUAAAAAUGGU